GAUUGAGAUCAUCAGGUGACCUUUCAACUUGGAGGAGAGUGUGAUAUAAUACAAAAAUAUAUAUCACAGUGCCACCUUGUGUUGAGAUCAGGGAACAAUUCCAGGUUCAGCUACCUCGGAGGUGAAGUUGGGGUUGCCAUCUGGCGUGUGAAUCUUUCAAGAAGAGCAGAAAUAAACUUGUACCAUGGUUGGACAGAGAGGCAACCGUGGAGGUGGCCGAGGAGGAGCGUGGGGAAACGACUCGGACAUGGGAGCCAUGAUGGGUGGCAUGUUGGGAGGGACUGGGUACGGUGCGCAGGUUGACACCGGUAUGUAUGGUCAAGGAGGGAAGAAACGUACGUACAAUGAGUCUCAAGAUGGUUACUCUAUGUCAAAUUACUAUGAGAACACUUCUUCUACAUCUACUGAUCCCUAUUAUCGUGGGAUGGAUCCUCCUUCAUCACGAUAUGUAAAGACCGAGCCUACACAGCAGCCAGACCAAUAUGCAUCCUACUAUGAGAACUGGGAUUCAGGCUAUUACAACCAGGGUAAUGAUCCCCAACCUGGCUACUCUGACUACGGCGCCAAUAAUUCCCAGCAGCAGCCCGGAGGGUACAACCAGUCCUCAGACUUCUCACAAGACGUUGACUUCCCCCCUAACAAUGGAUCCAACUUCAACAAGGUGUAUAACAAGAACCAACAGAACUGGAACAAACGAGGUGGAGCUCGUGGAGGUAGAGGGCAGCAGCAACAGCAGCAGUCAUGGGGGCGAGGUCAGGGGAUGCGUGGUGGCCGAGGAAAUAACCGUGGAAAUCAAGGUGGCAUGAUGGGUAAAAGAGGCCAGCAAAAGCCUGGUUUCCCGCCUCAGAGAGCAUUCUCUGGUCCCAUGCGUGGUAACAAGCGGGGACGUGGGGGUAAAGGUGGUAAUGCCAUGGUACCACCUAUUCAUAGUUUGGCCAAAGUUUCUGUCCCUGAUGUCACAAAGAUGUCCAUCGCUGAGAAAAUUAGGAGGUUUUGUCUCUACCUGCAGGCAGAAACCAAUAAGGUCAAUUCAAUACAAACAAUAGAGAAUGCACUGACAGGGAGUAAGCUGGGUCUGAAGACUCAGUAUGAGGUAGAGGAGUUAAUGCGUGUUGCUGGGCGUUGGAUGUACACUGGUUACCUCAAACUGGACGGCAUCUUUCUAACGCGAUCAGUGGGGGCGAACAAAAAGGAAGUCAAACAUGAUGUUUACACGAAAGGUCUUGACCUCCUCAAAUCAAAGACAGUGGCUGAAAUAUUUGCUCUAAAGGAUCCAGGGGUGGAAGCAAUCAGAGCUGAGCUGACCAGCAGUUUGGAAGUGAAGAAGGAUAGUAUUGGGAAGACGGAGUCUAUACAGGUGGCCAAACAGGCUAUGGAGGAGAUGACUAACACAUUCAGCAGUAAGCAUGAUGGCUUUGAUAAGUUGAUGACAUACCUGCGUCAGAGCAACAACCUGCCCGAGUCCCAGAUCUCCUGCAUAGAGCAAGGUAUCUCUGCAUCUCAUUGUGGACUCACACACACAUUUGAUGGCCAGAUGGUGAGGCUUCCCACUGGUAAACUUUUCUUCAGGGGCUCAUUAACCAUUGCUGAGGUUGUUGUUGCAGUUGGAACUGGCUACAAGAAAAAGGAGGCCAAGGUACAGACUUAUGAAAAAGCUUUGGAGGCUUUGAGGACCAAGACGAUCCCCCAAAUCCUGAAGAGUGUACCUGAGGCAGAGACAGUGACUGGAGCCGUCCAGGAGAAAGUGCCAGCAGUUCCAGAGAAAGAUCGCAGUAGUCAGACUCUACUGGAAAAGAUGACAGAGAUAACGCAACUCAUAAAGGAGGCACAGUUCCGGGACAACAACAUCAAUUACCUGGAUGUUACAGCCAUUCACUUGGGCUUUACUCCCACUUGUAUUUACAGAAAACUUGAGUCUGAUGGUAACAAGUCAAUGAUCUCCUGUGAGUUGUAUCUGGAUAACAUACUGAUAGCUACAGGAGAGGCGGAGCGCCGUAAGGAGGCCCAGGUAGAGACCUAUAAUAGUGCAUGGGAUGUUUUGUGUACAACAGCACCUGACUACAUCUUAAAGGAACACAAGCGCCUCAAGGCUGGUGACCAGGAUGAUCCAAGUGUGAUGGACGUGUGGGUCAAAGGCUCCGGUAAACCAAAUGCUAACACCAACAUGCCAGGUCUCAAACGCAACAAGAUGGAUCCAAAUGAGGCUUGGAAAACUGUAGAUGUGAUUGUUUUGAUGGAGCAUGAGGAUUGGAGCUUUGAUCGACAGAGGCAAGCCUUCUGUAUACUGAAUUACAGCUCCACCUUCAAUGGCAUGCUUCUCCAGUGGCAGACGGAGCAUGAUGGCAACAUGUUCAAGUCAACAAUAAAUCUACAACAGAAAACAAUAGGGGAGGCCUCAGCUCUUGGGAAAAAUACGUCCAGGAACCUUGCCGCUGCAUGUGCUCUCUUCAAAUUAUAUGAAACACAAAAUGUCAUUAGGAUUUCACGUCGAGAUGAUACAAAGUUAUGGGUGGAGUAUUCCGAGAUUAAGAAAAGGGCAGAAGCAUUGAGAGUGGCAAAUGGAGCACCAAAGGAAGAUGAGGUAGCUGGUACCACAUCAGGGGAAGGAGAGGAAAAGCCGUCUGUACCUGCCAACAAGUGGGUCAUCCAGGUGGCUGAACAAAUGAUCAAGCAACACACAGAAAAACAGACACUUGAUGAACUUAUCUUUGGUCCAGGUAUGCCAUUCAGUGAAAGUAAGGAAGUACGACAGAUAGCACGGGACUUGGAUCUAAAGCAUGACAUCCGCCAACAAGAAGGUCAAUCCUACCUCAUCAUACACAAGAGGAUGACUCCACAGGAGAUGGUUAAGAUUCUACAGAAUAACAGCUCUCAGAGUGGCAAAUACUCUCUAGUAGAGAGGAGUACUUUGCCAUCCUAUCAGGACCUCCUGCCAGAGAUAGAAAAACAUGAAGCCAUGAGGAAUACAGCCAACACUGAGGCUCCUGGCAAGAAGAAAAUUAAAAAAGAAAAUGUAACAUAUGAUGAAACGAAUUCAUGAACAAAAACUUCAAUAUUUUCAGAAAAGUCACCUUUCAUUUGUAUUCCAUCUUGCUUAAAUGACAAAUAACACACCUGCGUCAACGGUCUGCAUUUUCCUAUAAAACCUUGUAACUGUAGGAUCCGCUAUACUUUUGUACUGCUGUUGACUUGAAAUGAAGUGUUUUAAGGUACAAAAGAAGGAAAGAACACGUGGAUCAACUCCUCAACCUCAUGGUUGAAUGAUUUUGAGAAUCUCAAGUAGUCAGCAGUAUUCUCCAGUAUUAUUUUAUAGGCCAGUUUAGGGGCCAGGAUUUAAUGGAAAAAUUGUUGGAAAUUAUCUGGAAUAGUACUAUGUAUAUUUGAAGGUCUUUAAAUUAUUGAUCAUGUUGUCAUUUUGAAGUUUUGAUGCUUAAUUCUUUGACUGUAUUUGUCCAACUAGUUCUUUUCCAUCUUGUGGUUGUUACCCUGAUACGAUAUUGUUUGUAAUUUUACUUUCAAACCAUUAAAAGUAUAUAUAGUUCUCUCUGGGUUAAGGCCAAAAUUACCCUGAGAUCUUGCUUUGGCUGUAAAUUUCAGCUUUUUUGUUUCUAAAUUGAUGGAACAAGAAGUGUGCAGUUUGCUAACAUGGGGAACUGUCAAUGUCUAAAAAAAAAAAAAAAAAACUUCAGUGAUAAGAUACGAAAGGUAGAAAAAGAAAGUUCAAUGAAAUCAGGAUGAACAAAUUAAGACAUACAAAAAAAAAUACUGUGAUGACUUAUUUUUAACUUUUAGUGUCCGAUAGAAACAGGAAUUCCAAUACAUUGAUAUUGGGAAUAUGUUUUAAUAGCAGUUUUAUUGUGAUGAAGAACCUUUGUAAGAUAUAUUAUGAUGAAGAACCUUUGUUAGAUAGUCAAUGUAUUGUCACAUUAUCGUUUAUUUUCUAAUGCUACACACAGCUUGUCAUGAAUAAAUUAUGUUGUCAAAAUUGUUUGUAAAUGCAUUGAUACAAGGAUAAUAAAUGAAUUCUUGAUCUUA